AUGUUUUCUGCAUCUACUCUGCUUUCCAUGGGCACAUGGGCAGCGGUUGUCCUCCAGGCAACUGCCAUCCCCUACGGCCCAUCCCCCAACAAAAGCAUCCGAGACAGCAGCAAUGACCCCUGCGGCCCAGUCGGAAAGUUUACCCAGAACCCCACCAUCGAAAAAUGGAAUAACGCCAAGACUGACGACUGGCUUAAUAACUGGUGGACCGAGAACGCGGACCAACGGACGAGCAGCCCAUACGGAUUCGCCGGUGCUUUCGGCCAAUACGCACUGGGCCAGCCUGGCUGGUCAUGCCAGAACAACGGCAACGACGCCAACUGCGAUAUCCCGGUCUGUAACAACCCCAAGAUUAAUGCCCUAGGCAAGAGCACCGAGGAGACGUACUAUGUUCUGCAGGCGCUCAACAACCUACACGGCUUCUUCCUCGGUCUGGAGCAAUCGUUCAAUAUCGCUGCUGUCGUCUCCGCCCUGGAUAACGAUGAGAUCGUGAAUAACUUCUGGCACGAUGAGAAUAAGUGGGAUCCAACGGCCUUGAAGGAGAUUCUGAAUGCAAUCGCUACCGUGCUUGGUGUUGCCGUUGCCGGGUUGGGGGCGCCUGCUCUCUCGGAAAUGAUGAAGGGUUCUCUUUUACCCACCAUCGCAGGAGCAGCCUCGGGCAUGGUUAGCGGUGGAGUGGGUGCAGCCAGUAUAGCUGUUUCUUCGACAGAUACAUCCGAUAUCACACAGGCCAAUCUCGGCCAUAUCAUGGCGCAGGCAGUGAACGAUAUCGCAGGUUCAUUUAUUAGUACCAACAAUGAGCUGAUGUUCGGCCAUGGCUACGGAAGCUCCAGCGAGGAUAUCCGCACUUACCUCCAGGGUGGUUCCUGGGUCAACUACCCAGGACUGCAGAAGAACGGAGCUCGGGAUUCCAUGAUUGCCAUCAUGCAGUCGAUGAUGAUCAACUCUCUAUGGCGUAUGCAGCGUGUGUUUAUUAUCGGCGGUGGCGCCUGUGGCGACGGCCAGGACAUCGGCCACGGUAUUGCCGGCUCCGGCGACAAUACUAUCUGCGAUGACAACAACCGCGCCUGGUACCUGUACUACUGGCAGAAACAGAAUGGUCCAUCGACGAAGACUGACGGAUGGGUUGCCCGGCCCUGGGGAUCCGAUCGCAUGGGCGCAUCUCCUAUAUACCAGGGUUCGGGGCCGUUCUGGAAGAAUCUCAAUCCACUGGACGCCGUCAAGUCAUCUCUCAAGUCCUUCCAGGCCGCUGGCAAUAACUACAGCGUGUCGACCAUGACCAGCCGUAUGGGCGAGAUCUUUGCUUCCGGUGCUAACGCUUACUCGGAAGGUGCGAGCAUGGAGGGUGUCUGGACUAUUCCCGUGUGCGAUGUCAGUAAAACCAUCAACAACCCCGACUACAUUUACUCUAAGAAGGGGGAUAUUCUCCACCCGUACGGGUAUGAUGAACGUCCUUACUGGUGUGGACCGAUCUGUGGAAUGGAUAAGGACAUCACGACGGAAUUCUACAAGGCGGCCAACUUCAAGGAUGGCUUUGAGAAGCCAUUCCUGUCGGGAUGUGAGGCUUGGAUCAUGAAUGGAGAUGGGGCCAACGGUAUUUAUUGGGAUUGGACUACCAACACGGAGUACACGCGUGGUCAGACUAGCUAA